GUUAGCAUUAGACUUUAUUUUCCUUUAAAUUUUUUAUUUUGUUUUGUGUAAUAAUACUCAAGAGCCUUGUUGGUUGUUGAAGAUGCCAGACCCAGAAUGUGAAGAGAAAAUUCCGAUUGCGAAUACAAUGGAAGAGUUGAAACCAGAACCAAAUAUGCUUACUGAAGAAAGGGAAGCUAGGAAAGAUAAUAGUGAACUAAACAUUGAAAGGGCAGAUAUAGUGGAAGAAAAGAACCCUUAUGCUUAUCUUGAAAGAGAUUUUUCAUCAGAAAACUAUAAAAUUGAAAUAAAAAAUUUGCCAAAGUAUUAUGGGAUCAGUGAGUUUCGUAAACUAUUGAAUGAAAAAUUGAAACUGAAUUCUAAUAAAAUAAAAACAACCAGAAAGAAUAGCCCUUUUGCAUUUGUAUGUUUCCGGAAUGAAGAAGACAGAGAUAAGGCAAUUCAAGUUCUCUCCAAUUAUAAGUGGAAAGGAAAUGAACUACAGGCAAUGAAAGCAAAACCUGCACCAGAUCCAUUGGUGAAGAAAAGAAAAGAAGAUGCUGAUGGGUCUAACACCAAUAAAAAACUAAAGGUAGAAGAAGGUUCCCAAGAAGAAAGAUUGAAAAAUUCUACUAUACCUUAUUGGAAUAUAGAUUACAAGAAACAGUUAGAACUGAAACUGGAGGAUAUAAAAGAAGUACUAAGAAAAAUGGGGAACAACUUAGCACAUGGGAAUCCAGAACUUCAGAAAUGGAUAGAAAAACAAAGAUCUCUUCAUAAUGGAUUGCCUUGUGAAUUACAGGAUAUCAAAUUUUCUGAGGUAAUAGAAGGAUAUAGAAAUAAAUGUGAAUUUACUGUUGGAAUUGAUGAAGAUACAGGCCUUCCCACAGUUGGAUUCAGAUUGGGCAGUUAUGUGAAUGGGACCACAGGUGUUGGUCCUGUAGAUGAUCUUGUACAUAUUCCACAGUCAAUGAAAACUGCUGUGAAGCUUUUUCAAGAUUAUGUGAGAAAUUCCCAGUUGAGAGUAUUCAGCCCAGAGUUCCAUACAGGCCAUUUCAGACAACUAAUGGUAAGGUCAGCUUCGGACCAGUUGAUGCUAGUGGUGGGGCUUCAUCCACAGGAUCUCAAUGCUGAAGAAUUGGAUGCUUUCAAGAAAGAUUUGAUUGACUAUUUCUCAACAGGGGGUGGGAAAGAAGCCAAAGUCACUUCUCUGUAUUAUCAGAAGAUUGUCAAAAAGAACCGAAGUAAUGAUUUUAUACCAUCAGAACAUCUUUGGGGUGAAACACACCUUUAUGAGACGGUUUUAGGUUUGAAAUUCAGAAUUUCGCCAGAAGCGUUUUUUCAAAUAAAUACAAAAGGGGCCGAGAUUUUAUACCAGGCUGCUAUCGAUUUGGCAGAACCUCUAGAAGGUUCCACGGUACUUGACGUUUGUUGUGGUACAGGUACCAUAGGACUCUGUUUUGCCAAGAAAUGUUCUCAAGUCUUGGGAAUUGAAGUGGUCCCUCAAGCAAUAGUUGAUGCUAAAGAAAACGCUCAAUCGAACGAUGUUCAAAAUGCGGAUUUUUUCGCUGGAAAAGCGGAAGAUAUACUGGGCAAUAUUUGUUUUAAAGCAACUGGAAAGGAGAUUAUAGCAAUAGUAGAUCCUCCCAGAGCUGGUUUACAAAAAAAGGCGAUAUUCCAAAUACGCAAAAUAAACAAAAUAUCCAAAAUGGUGUACGUGUCCUGUAAUCCUACUGCAGCUUUGCAAAAUUUCUCGGAUUUUGGGAAACCGGAAUCGAAGAAAGUCAGUGGAGAACCAUUCAUUCCUGUUAAAGCGGUGGCCGUAGACAUGUUUCCUUUCACAAAACACUGUGAGCUGAUUCUGUGCUUCGAGAGGUGGGAUAAACUUUCAAAACAACUGGAAGAAUCGAAGGAUAGUUAACUAGGGUGGUAACAUUUUCAUGUUGUGAUAGAUUAUUGAUUUUAGUAAUUAUUACACUAUGAAUUGAAAAUAAAUUCGGUAAAACU